AUGAGCCACAAGUUCUGCCCUGCGCUCCUGCUCCUUGUGCACAGCCGCUUGCUGCUGGCGUACGACCCGUUCCAGAAGAAUGUGAACGCGCCUUUCAUCGCAAACUCGACGGACAAGUUUCACCCACUGCAGAGCAUGUCGUUCGCACAUGUCUUGUUUGACGGGUUUGACCUCAAGUACGCGGACACAGCUGACCUGCGAGGAUACAUAGGACAGGCACUAGAGCUGGACAUCGUUCAACUGGGUCACUACUACGCGAGGACCAAGUUUGGGUGUAUCACCAAAUGCGACUCCGCGGACUUCAAUGGCGUCGACGGCAUCUUGGGUCUUGGUAUGCCAGAUGCAGCUCUUGCAUCGAUACCUGAGCCACUGUUCUUUGCAAUCACGGACGACACUGGAGACCCUGUCAGCCAGAGGAUCUUGAGGGACAGAAAGUUCACUUUCGUGGUGGACCGAGAGGCUGGGGAGCUGCAGCUCGGGGCGUAUGAUCACAAAUCAAUUGCCAAGGGAGAUCGUAUGCAUUUCUUCAAGGCGACCUCGACUGCGGAGUACUCGAUCCCUGUGACCUCCAUCAAGUUCGAUGGCCGAGAAUUGCUGGAUUUCGAGACGGAGAUCAACCCCCGCGUCCCAGGGCGAGAGAGCUGGAUACCUGGGAUCUUGGAUAGCGGAACGUCCUGCCUGGUUCUUCCGGACUCGACCUUGAAAGGAGUUUUGCGAGACAAGCCUUUCUCAACGUUUGUUUCCUUGGCUCGCAAUUCAGCUCAGGAUGCAACCAAAAAACUUCCAAUCAUGAUCACCAUCGGGCAUGGCCGGCAGUCCCACACCUUUGAGAUUCCCUUUGAGGAUUGGUGGCUUGACAAGGACAGUCGACCUUGCGUGCAGACAUCUCCCCCAGCCUUCAUGGGCAUUCUGGUGACAUCUGACUGCGUGGCUCCUUUUCUUCUGACUGCUCGAAAGCUCGGAGAUGUCAUCUUCCGCGCCCUCGUCGUUCACUUCGACCUCACCCACCCGACAGGUAAGAAAACACGCAAGAAGCAUAACAAGAAGCAUAACAACAAACACAAAAAGAACUUCAACAAGAAGCAUAACAAUGCACACAACCAGAACCACAACAACAAGAAACAUAACCACCAUCACCUCGACAAACACAAGAACUUGCAUCUUCUGAAAACUUGCAAACAGUCCCUGUUAUCGGCCUUGCGCAAAGAAAUCGCCAGUACAAACCUGUUCGUCCUGGAUUUCGGGAUACCCGAGGGUUUUGACGACGGAUCGCACACAGCCUCUGGGGAGAUCGACAAGGUUCCUCUCGAGACAGGCUUGCAGACGCAGAUCUUCAUCAACGUCUCGAUAGGUGUUCCUCGACAGACAGUGAAGGUUGUGUUGGACACCGGAUCGAGCGUCUUUGCCGUUUUCUGCGACAAGCCUCCAAAGAAAGGGGCGAGGUCAUUCGCGCACAUCUACCUCCCUCACUUUAUCCCCUCCUUCGCCUCGGCCAAGUCGUCGCACCGCUCGCCUACUUCGACAGGUCAUGAUGAUCACACAGCACAUGUAACUUGA